AGUCCAAGAAGAGAACCUACAAACUAGGUUUGUAGAUUAGAACUACCUGGUCAGAAAGACAGAUUGCUCCAGUUUCCUCAAGACUUGCCUUUGCAUAGAGGCUCACUCAACAAAAGAUCUGAGCAUUCCAGUCUAAGAUGGAUGGCAGUAAUUGCAAAGUUAUUGCUCCUCUCCUAACUCAGAGAUACAGGAGAAUGGUCACCAAGGAUGGCCACAGCACCCUUCAAAUGGAUGGUGCUCAAAGAAGCCUGGCCUAUCUUCGAGACGCCUGGGGAAUUCUCAUGGACAUGCGCUGGCGGUGGAUGAUGCUGGUCUUUUCUGCUUCUUUUGUUGUCCACUGGCUUGUCUUUGCAGUGCUCUGGUAUGUUCUAGCGGAGAUGAAUGGUGAUCUGGAACUAGACCAUGAUGCCCCACCUGAUAAUCACACCAUCUGUGUCAAGUACAUCACCAGUUUCACUGCGGCUUUCUCCUUCUCCUUGGAAACACAACUCACAAUUGGUUAUGGUACCAUGUUCCCCAGUGGUGACUGUCCAAGUGCAAUCGCCUUACUUGCCAUACAAAUGCUCCUAGGCCUCAUGCUAGAGGCAUUUAUCACAGGUGCCUUUGUGGCGAAGAUUGCCCGGCCAAAAAAUCGAGCUUUCUCAAUUCGCUUUACUGACUUAGCUGUAGUAACUUACAUAGAUGGCAAACCCAACCUUAUUUUCCAAGUGGCCAAUAUUCGACCUAGCCCGCUUACCAGCGUUCGGGUCUCAGCUGUCCUCUAUCAGGAACGAGACAAUGGCGAACUCUCCCAGACCAGUGUGGACUUCCACCUUGAUGGCAUCAGCUCCGAGGAAUGUCCAUUCUUCCUCUUUCCACUAACCUACCAUCACUCCAUCACACCAUCGAGUCCUCUGGCUUCUAUAGUCCAGCACGAAAAUCCUCCCCACUUUGAACUAGUCGUGUUCCUUUCAGCAAUGCAGGAAGGAACUGGAGAAAUAUGCCAAAGGAGGACAUCCUACCUACCCUCUGAGAUCCUCCUACACCACUGCUUUGCCUCUCUGUUGGCCCGAGGUCCUAAAGGUGAAUAUCAAAUCAAGAUGGAGAAUUUUGACAAGACCAUCCCUCAACUUCCAACUCCUGUGGACUCUAAGAGCCCACACAGGACUGAUUUGGACAUCCACAUCAAUGGACAGAGCAUUGACAAUUUUCAGAUCUCUGAAACAGGACUAACAGAGUAAGACUUAACCAAGGCACCCUUCUUUUUUAAUGUAUGAAAUACACUCCAUUAGUUAUACAACUAC